UAUGACAAUUAAAUAUAAUAUCAUUCUUUCGCUAAACCCUUGAAGAAUCCAGAAAAAGAAAAAGAUAAAGCAGAAGAAUAAGCUAAAGAAAAACACCAAACUAGGAAUCUGUUUUAGCAGGGAAAAAUAAAGAGGAGCCUGAAGCCAUACAAAUGAAGCUCUCAACACGCAACGAAUUUCACUAUGCAGAGCAGAAAUUAUAUGGUUUGAAGCAAAACAAUUUUAUAUAUAAACUAGCACUCCCUCAUUCUCCUUGUGCACUACAAAUACAAAUGAUGGAACACUUCAGCCAUGAGCAUUCCCUAGUCCUCUCCAAAUACAACAAAUCUCCCAAAGAUGCACUCUGCCGCGCCUGCCACGAUCCCAUUUCAUCAAACACCUCUGCCUACCAUUGCAUUCAUCGAUCAAUCUCGGCUCAAAACUCUCCUUGCACUCAUUUUUUCCUCCACAAGACAUGCGCAAACUUGCCUAUGAUGAUCCAGCACCAUCUCCACGCAGAGCACAUGCUCACUCUAUCACAAAAUGCAUGGCUAAAUUGCAAUGUCUGUGACAAGUCACUCUCACAGUGGUUUGUUUAUGAGUGCACCAGAAAAUGUUUCUUUGCAGUUUGCUUGAAAUGUGCAUUUCUAGAUCGUGAACUAAAACAUCCGUCGCAUAAACACACGUUAACGUUACUGCCUCUAAAAGGGUCGCAUAUGUGCAUAGCUUGCGGCAUGGAAGGCACCAAGGACUUUUCGUAUUUGUGUCAAACUUGCUUCUUCUGGAUACACAAGAGUUGUGCAUCUGCACCGGCUGAACUCAUGCGUAAAGACCAUCACAAUGAUCAUCCACUUGUUCUAGCCUAUUCAUUGCCGAAAGAGUACCAGUCCUUCGGAGUGUCAUGUAGUUUGUGCCCUGAGAAGGUUUAUCCGUUCUACUGGCUCUACUAUUGUGCUGGAUGUAGAUAUUUUGCUCAUGUCCAAUGCGCUUUAUCAGCAACAAAUUCUGCCAAAGAUGGGAACGAGAUUAGUAACGAAGAUGCUGAAGGAUCUAAUUUGGUAAAUCUCCCAGUCACUGAAAAUCAACCGUAUUCAUUCCACCACUUGAUUGAACAAUUUGCAAAGAAGUUCACAACUUACAAUGAAAUCACCAAGUGUCACAAUGGUCAUUCACUCACCUUCUUUAAAAAAUUUCGCAACAAAAACUUUCUUGAUGAAGGCAUAUGUGACGGAUGUGUGCAACCUCUUUCCCCACCACACAAUACUUUCUACGGAUGUUUCAAUUGUAAGUUCUUUCUCCAUGAUGUUUGCGCCACAGCGCUACCAAGAGAGUUCCAACACGCGUCCUAUCCAGAAAACAAGCUCACUAAAUGUUACCAAACAAGUAAGCCAUUUCAAUUCUAUUUAUGCAAUUUAUGUGGAAUCUACUGCAACGGAAUCCUAUAUUCUGAUAAAUCAAAUCCAUUUUGGGUCGAUAUUGUCUGCGCCUCAUUACCUAGUAAGUUCAAACAUGAUAGCCAUAGGCACACUCUGCAAUUGAGUGCUAGCCCUUUCCAAAAUUGCAAAGGGUGUGCAUUCCAUAUUUUUCGCAGCUCAUUCGGCUGUGAAUUCUGUGAUUACUACAUUCAUAUAAAUUGUGCACUAAAGCCUGGGAAAAUAAAGCACAGAUGGGAUGAGCAUCAGCUUGUCUUGAUGUAUCCUCCGGUUAAAGGCCAUCCACACGCGUUCAAUUGUGAACUCUGCUCGGAGGAUAUAAAUCCGAACUUUUGGUUCUAUCAUUGCGACCCUUGUGAUACUUCGUUUCAUACUUUUUGCGCGGACAAAGGUCACUACUCAAAUAUCAAGUAUGGAGGGACUGUUAAAUACGAUGAUCUGCAUGAACACGGCCUUGAAUUAACCGGGACAAGAAUGAAUUUCGAAUGCGGAGAUUGUGGCAGAGACAGAAUUAUGCAUUAUAAAUGGGAGCCAUGUCUUAAGUGUGUUUCAUGUAAAUUUUUAGUCUGCAUGACCUGUAUUCAGAGGCGUAGUUACGGUACUGUACAAGUACUAUAACUAUAUGCGAUUAAGUUUGGUUAGAAAUCUGCUUCUAGUAGGAGCUGAAUGCUUAUUUGUACUGGAAUCAUUCAGUUACAUUCUUACACAA